AUGGGGUCUGGAACCCGACAUGGACUCCGUCCGCUAUUCAUCCCCUGCCCUGCGGGUGCAAACGCUCAACGCCCGGACGAUGCCAUCGUCUUCCCGCUUGCUGGCACCCAACGUUUCUUCGGGGCCCAGCCAGCUUACGAGUUACGACAACAUCCGCCCCAGGUUCGAACGAUAAGAGCAGACGGGCGGGCGGGCGGUGCACAUCGGACCAGACGUAUGACCGGCAAGCAGACCAUGCUCCGGCAUGUACGGAGUAUCUCCGUUUUCCUUGCCGAGUACGAGCAACGCAACGCAGUCUGGCAAGUAGUCCGUAGGCUCAUUGAAGUCGGUCCUUGGCAAACGGCAAACCCCUGUCGAACCGACACCGACUAUACAUCGCCAAUACUCAUGACGCUUCCCCAUGACGUGGCGCCAUGA